GACAGGAAAGAGGGACUGAACUCUGGCGCUGAUUGAGGAUCAGUUCACCGAAGUGCAGUUCCAACGCCAGCGAUUUGCGUCUGAAUGAUUGAAGCUGAUCUAGAGUCAGUGUGUGCUGCUGAACAUUUCUUGCUGCUCCUAAACUUCCACGAACAAGACCUACCAGUGGCGUGAAACAUUGAAACAUUAGGGCGGACUGGAGCAGACACCACCACUACAGUCACCAGGCCUCCAAAGAAAGAUACUGGGCCUGUACAAUAGCAGGAGGAUAUGCAGCACUCUCAUAGGUGCGAAGGCGAGGUACGGGUGGUGCCCCUGCACCGGAGGCCGGACCUGGUGGAGGCCUGCGCGGACCUGGUGAAUUCCGAGUGGCAGCGGAGCCGAGGGGCCCGGAUCCACGGCCUGCAGAAAUCCUGCCAGGACUUCCCAGUUUGCCUGGUGCUGAUCCAGGGGCCCGGCAAUGGGGAGCAGCUCCUGGGCCACGCCAGGCUGUCCCGGGUGGUCGGCCGCAGCAGCAGCCUCUUCGUCGAGUCGGUCGUGGUCUCCAAGGCCCAGCGGGGGAAGGGUUAUGGUCGCAUCCUCAUGGAGGAGACGGAACGCUACGCCAGGGCCAGGGGUUUCCAAAGGCUAUGCCUGACCACGCACGACAAGCAGCACUUCUACGCACACCUGGGCUACGUGCUGUCCCAGCCCGUCCAGAACGCGGGGGCCAUGACUACCUUUGUGCCCAUGGAGGUUCUGCAGAAGUUCUCCAGGCUGCCGAACACGGAGGGCCCACUCGUAUCUUUAAACCGCUCUGACAAUCCCCCAUCUAAAGAUAGCCUGACGCCCGACUCCGUGACCCCUGCUCCUCAUAUAGCCUCCCCAAAUCCAGCCCCUCCUCCCCCUCCUCCACCUUCUCUUUCUAAUUCACUGCCCUUCAUUUCCUCUCUACCUCCACCUCCACCUCCACCCCCACCCCCUCCCCAACUGACUCCCUCAUUACCUCCAACCCAGACGCUGCUGGAGACACCUCACAGGGACGUCAAAGGAGCUCCCAUCUUUUGGAUGCACAAGGACAUCUGAAUAUAUCUGCUGACAUUGCUUACAGUGGAGCACGGUUACAGCUACUCAUAGGCUAAAGCACAGAUAUCAUUAUGCCCUCCCUCCCUCUGUAUCAACGUGACUGUUCAGAUAUGCCACACAGCUAAACUCCUAAUGGCUCUAAAGAAUAACUAACUGGAACUUUGAUGGCAGAAAUUACUGAGGCCAUUAUUUUAGAUUCAAUGAAUGAAUCUUGAUGCUUGUAGACUGGGCCCUUUUCGUAUUUUCUAUGCCUUGUGCUGUGCUGGAUACAGAAGACAACAGAAAACUGUGCCUGUGACCUGUCUUUUUUUUCAGUGUUUUACCCUUAAAUAAAAAGUGCAUUUUGUAACUGCAAA